GGUCCCUUUCCUGUCAAACCUUUACCUUUGAACCAAGUAGCUAGCACAAUAAGCUUUGGCUGAAGUCUCCACCACAUCAGCUAAAGAUCCAUUGUUCUUUUGCCAUGGCCAACACAAUUCUAAGAUUGAAACACCAUAGAAAAGCAUUUCAUGCUUUGGGUCUGUUUAGUACUCUUCUACUGGUGAUGCAAAGAGUUGGUGCAUUUGAGUUCAAGGUUGGAGAAGCCAAUGGAUGGACUGUGCCCACUGAUUCAAAUGCAAACACCUACAAUCAAUGGGCAGAAAUGAAGCGGUUCCAAAUUGGAGACUCUCUAUUGUUUGUUUACUCAGCUGACAAGGACUCGGUGCUUCAAGUAAACAAAGAGGAAUACGAAAGCUGCAACUCAACAUCACCCACUGCAACAUUUAAAGAUGGCCACACUUCAAUCAAGUUUGAUAAAAAUGGUCCUUACUACUUCAUAAGUGGAGUCCCAGAGAACUGCAAGAAGAAUGAGAAGAUGGUGGUUGUGGUCAUGGCAGAUCGAAGCAACCAAUCUUCUACUACGAAUCAGACGAGCUCGGCAUCUCCUCCUUCACCUUCAAGUUCCAUUGAGAAUGCCCCAGCUCCUUCUCCUGUUACAGAGAUUGCUCCUUCCACUCCUAGUGCGGAGUCUCCCACUACUCCCAGUGGAGCUUCUUCGGUGUUCGUGAGUGCAAUUGCUUCUAUUGCAGCUUUUGCUGGUUCAUCUAUGCUCUUAGUUCUGUAAUUCGUUUGAGUGGUUUUUCAAGAUUUCAUGUUCUCCUUGAAAAGAUUCUAUUCAUAAUUUUUCUGCCACAGAUUUCGAGUGGUUUGCUUUUUUUUUCAGUAUUGUUUGCUGCGGUUGGAAAAUAAGAUCUGGUGGAUACACGCAUAUAGUACUUGAGUUAUUUGGCUGUACAUGGGACAAAUGUAUAAGAAAUAAACUAAUUCUUCUGUUCGUGUGAAAA